AUGUUCAAGUUCGGUCGCAACCGGGCUCUGGCUUCGGCCUUCAAGCCUGCCAAGCUUGCCACCUCUCCCUCCGCCAGACUCCCCAGCUUCGCCCAGCAGCAAAGGAGAAACCUGAGCAUCCACGAGUAUCUUUCUGCCGACCUCCUGCGCCAGUAUGGCAUCGACGUCCCCAAGGGUUCCGUCGCGAAGACCGCUGCCGAGGCCAAGGCCAUAGCGAAGGAGAUUGGCGGAGAGGACAUGGUCAUCAAGGCCCAGGUUCUCGCUGGUGGUCGUGGCAAGGGCACCUUCGACAACGGUCUGAAGGGCGGCGUCCGUGUCAUCUACUCUCCCCACGAGGCGGAGAUGUUCGCCGACCAGAUGAUUGGCCACAAGCUCGUUACCAAGCAGACCGGCGCCGGCGGCCGUCUCUGCAACGCCGUCUACAUCUGCGAGCGCAAGUUCGCUCGUCGCGAGUUCUACCUCGCCAUCCUGAUGGACCGUGCUUCCCAGACUCCCGUCAUCGUGUCCUCGUCGCAGGGCGGCAUGGACAUUGAGGCCGUCGCCAAGGACAGCCCCGAGGCCAUCAACACCACCUACAUUGACAUCAACAAGGGUGUCACCGACGAGAUCGCCCGCGACAUUGCUGUCAAGCUUGGCUUCAGCGAGCAGUGCGUCGAGGAUGCCAAGGACACCAUCCAGAAGCUGUACAAGAUCUUCACCGAGAAGGACUCUACCCAGAUUGAGAUCAACCCUCUGUCCGAGACCUCCGACCACAAGGUCAUGUGCAUGGAUGCCAAAUUCGGCUUCGAUGACAACGCCGACUACCGCCAGAAGGAGGUCUUUGAGUGGCGCGAUACCACCCAGGAGGACGCCGACGAGGUCCGCGCCGCCAAGUCCGGCCUGAACUUCAUCAAGCUUGACGGUGACAUUGGCUGCCUCGUCAACGGUGCCGGUCUUGCUAUGGCCACCAUGGACAUCAUCAAGCUGAACGGCGGUGCCCCUGCCAACUUCCUCGACGUCGGCGACGCCAAGGUCUCUGCCAUCUUCGUCAACAUCUUCGGUGGUAUCGUCCGCUGCGACCACAUCGCCACCGGUCUGAUCAACACCGUCCAGGCCCUCGACCUCAAGAUCCCCAUUAUUGCUCGUCUCCAGGGCACCAACAUGGAGGCUGCCCAGAAGAUCAUUGCCGACUCUGGCAUGAAGAUCUUCGCCAUCGACGAGCUCCAGACUGCCGCCGAGAAGGCUGUCCAGCUGUCCAAGGUUGUCAAGCUGGCCCGUGAGAGCGAUGUCGGUGUCGAGUUCACCCUGGGUAUCUAA